AUGAUAGUGCGUGGGAUCACGGGUUUUCACCGACAUUUGUCGUCGUUAAUGGUGGAAAAAGCCACAACAACGGGUACUAUGAGUAGUUCUACUAUUAUGCGUUGGGUGUCCGUGUCUGGAAAGAUCUUUUGUCAUGACAUGUGUACUUUUGGAAAAAACCCUAUGAUAGGUCUUGACGUGAAAUCGGGACUGAGAAAUUCUUUAAAUGAUGUUAAUGCUAUACGAUUUACCACUACCACCUCACUAUCUAUGAAUACGAGAAACCAAUCGUCUACUUCUUCACUGAAUAACAAGAAUUUGAAAAGUAUUUUGAAGUUUGGUCAAACGAAUCAGUUUCCGAAAAAUAGCAAUUGUAAAUCAAUACAAACGAGUUUAUCACGAGAUUUUACCACAUCCAAAGUAUCAUCAGCCACCAAUAAACCCUUACCAAAAGUGGAGGAAACUUCCUCCACUGUCUCUGUGAAAAAUGCUGUUACUUCAACCUCAACAACAACUCAGGAUUCGAGUAAUAACACUGCGACUGCUGAUUGGAAAAUAAUAAAACAUCUUGCUAAAUAUUUAUGGCCUAAAGAUGAUUUCUCAAUUAAAGCUCGUGUUGUGAUUGCAUUAUCAUUGUUGAUUGGAGGAAAGGUUCUGAAUGUCCAAGUACCAUUUUUUUUCAAAAGUAUUAUCGAUUCCUUGAAUAUUGAUCCAACUAAAAUGGGCACAGUUUUUACUGUAGCUGGAUCGGCUCUUAUUGGAUAUGGUCUUGCCCGUGUAGGAGCAAGUGCAUUUAGCGAAUUUCGUAAUGCAGUUUUUGCUAAAGUCGCCCAACGGUCAAUUAGAAGAUUGGCCAGAAAUGUGUUUUUCCAUUUGCAUCAAUUAGACCUUAGUUUUCAUCUAGCCCGGCAGACGGGCGGAUUAAGUAGAGCUAUUGAUCGUGGUACAAAAGGUAUCAGCUUUUUACUAUCAUCUUUGGUAUUUCACAUCCUGCCAACCGCGUUUGAAAUAGCCAUGGUUUGCGGUAUAUUGGUGCAUCAAUUUGGCGCGCAAUUUGCGACUGUAACAUUAUUGACUAUGUCGAUCUAUGCAGCAUUUACAAUUCAGACGACUUCAUGGCGCACGAAAUUCCGCAAGGAAAUGAACAAAGCAGACAACGAGGCAGCCACCGUUUCAUUGGAUUCCCUUAUCAACUACGAAGCAGUUAAAUAUUUUAAUAAUGAAAAAUUUGAAUCUGAUCGAUACGACAAAGCACUCGCCAAAUACGAACAAGCAUCUUUAAAAAUAGCAAGUUCUUUGGCGUUUUUGAAUUUUGGUCAAAAUAUCAUUUUUAGUACUGCUUUGACUACAAUGAUGUUUAUGGUGGCUAAUGGGGUAAUUCAAGGAAAUCUCACCGUGGGUGAUGUCGUCAUGGUUAAUCAACUUGUUUUUCAGCUCUCAAUCCCUUUGAAUUUUUUGGGCACGGUUUAUCGUGAGCUAAAACAAAGUUUGAUUGAUAUGGAUGCAAUGUUUAGUUUACAAUCUGUUCAUAUCAAUAUAAAGGAUGCUCCGGAUACCAAAGAUCUCGUAUUAAAAGGAGGCGAAAUCAAGUUCGAAGAUGUGAUAUUUGGGUAUCAUCCGGAUCGUCCAAUCUUAAAGGGCGUGAAUUUUAUCGUACCAUUGGGUAAAAAGAUAGCUGUGGUUGGUCCUAGUGGUUGUGGAAAGUCGACCAUUCUCAGACUUUUAUUCCGAUUCUAUGAUCCGAAUGCUGGCGAUAUUUAUAUUGAUGGUCAAAAUAUUAGAAAUGUGACUUUGCAAAGUUUACGAUCGAAUAUUGGUGUCGUGCCACAAGAUACAGCACUUUUCAACAACACCAUUUAUCAUAACAUUGUAUAUGGUCAUUUAACGGCCACCCGAAGCGAAGUCGAAGCAGCAGCAAAACGUGCCAACAUCCACGAUGCCAUCAUGUCACUUCCCGAAAAAUAUGAAACACGUGUUGGCGAGCGUGGAUUAAUGCUCUCUGGGGGUGAAAAACAACGAAUUGCUCUAGCACGAACAAUCUUGAAAAAUCCGCAUAUUCUCUUUUUCGACGAAGCUACUUCGGCACUUGAUUCUCCUACCGAACAGGCGUUACUCGCAAAUAUAAAAAGUAUUUUGCAAGAAACCGGAAAAACUAGUAUUUUUGUUGCGCAUCGGCUUCGGUCGAUAGCUGAUUCUGAUGUUAUACUAGUACUCAAAGAUGGCGAAAUAAAGGAACGGGGUCAACACGAUGAGUUGAUACAGAUUGAAGGCGGAAUUUAUCGUGAUAUGUGGUUUAGACAAGAGUCAUUUUUAGAGGGCGAGGAAAUGGAUUAA